AUGAUUCGUAGAAAUUACGGACAUGAUAGAGAACUGAUGAAAACAAUAAGUGAAAGAGUCAUGAAACCGGCGUUUAUGUACGCAUCAGAAAUAUGGGGCGAAAAAGCAGAAAAUAAACACCAACAGAGACACAUAAACGCAGCACAGAGGCCACUACUGCUACAAAUAAAUAGGACAUACUCAACUACGCCAACGCUAGCACUGCAAAGUAUGGCAGGGACACCACCUUGGUGGUUGGAGGCAAAAGUAUACAAUAAGAACUGCCAAUCAAAUAAGCUAAAAAUACAAGAGGCCAGAGCCAGAAUGAUAAACAGGAGCCAUCCGACUCAAAGACACCAAGAUGCCCUACCCAGAGCUAGGACAGAGUCUAAAGAAAGGAGAAAGUCAAACCAGCAAUGUAUAAUGAAUGAAUGGCAGAUAAUAUGGAACAGGGGUGAAACAGGUAGAGAUAUGUAUGAACACUGUAUGGAGAUAGGAAAUGAUAGGCUCGAUCUAAAUUUCAAAGCAGCACAGCUGAUGACAAAUCAUGGGAAUAUGUUAGCCUACCUAAAUAGAUUUAGAUUGAAGGAUACAAACCAGUGA